UGGUCCAGUUGGACGCCAUGUUCGGUCACGUGCGGACAGGGAUGGACCAAUAGAAAGAGGUCAUGUGACAAUCCUAAACCGGAAGUUGGAGGAAUGUUUUGUAGAGGGAGGGAUGUGCAGAAGAAAAAGUGCUAUGAAAGAAUGUGUCUGCACGGUGAGAUGGUGUAA